UGUCCGGGAGAUGGAGGGGGUCGCGGAAUGCCCUCUCGAGUGGAUAGAAGUGAAGGCAUCCAAAGUGUGACCCUUUCGUGGCUUAAUCUACAGGUGUUUACGAAAUGCGAGAAAAUUUCUGGUGAAGUAAAAAGUGGUCAAUUGUUGGCAAUAAUGGGCGCCAGUGGCGCCGGAAAGACAACGCUAUUGAAUGUAUUGACGGCCAGAAACCUAUCAAAACUACGGGUGAAAGGAGUGGUGCUAUUGAAUGGACAGGCGGUCAGUGCGGAGACAAUGGCAUCGCUUUCCUCAUACAUAGAACAACACGAUUUGUUUCAUCCGUUGCUUACAUCAUUGUUACGAAUGAAUAGAUGUCUAACACAAGACCAGAGAACUACUUUUGUCGACCAAUUGAUGAUAAAAUAUAAUUUAUGUAAAUGUAUGGACACUCAAAUUGGGGGCGACUUUGAGUUUAAAGGAAUUUCUGGGGGAGAAAUGAAGAGAUUGUCGUUUGCAUCAGAGACUGGCACUAAAAAUAGGCCAUAG